CAGCAACACAACACAAGCCAUAGUCUUGUCGUGGGAAUACGAACACAACCUUCAAAAGCCCUAAUAAAAUCCACUCUCUCUCUCUCGUUCGCUCUUGUGUUGGCUGUAAAAGAUGAAGUUCAGGGUUUUUCAGAGACUCUCUCUCAUUGCCCAUCAUCACACACUCCUCAGUCAUCUUCAUCAGCAACGUCUCUGCUUCACUUCGUUUCUCCGGAAGUUUCAGACCACCCAAGCAAGAUCUUCCAUCAAUGGCGGAAGAAGUAAUAGUUCCAAAGGUGACUCAUUUUUGGUGCCUGGUGCAACCUUGGCAACUAUUGUAAUGCUUGGUGCUCUUCAUGCUCGUCGUCUCUAUGGUGACAAGAAGCUUGAAGAGGCAAGGGAGAAUGGAAUUGAAAUUGAGUUUCAACCCGAUGUAAAAGCUACAUUCUUGAGAUUGCUACCACUGCGCUCCAUUUCCAGAUUUUGGGGUUUCCUGGCUAGUAUGGAACUUCCUAUCUGGAUUCGUCCAUAUGUUUAUAGAUCCUGGGCUCGGGCAUUUCAUUCAAAUUUAGAAGAAGCAGCAAAACCUUUGGACAAAUAUGCAUCUUUACGAGAGUUCUUUGUCCGCACCCUUAAAGAUGGUUCUAGACCAAUUGAUUCUGACCCAUGUUGUCUGAUUAGUCCAGUGGAUGGCACUAUUCUAAGAUUUGGAGAGUUGAAAGGAGCAGGUUCCAUGAUUGAGCAAGUUAAAGGAUUCUCCUAUUCUGUAUCUUCUCUUCUUGGUGCAAGCCCAUUCCUUCCUGUGAUAGCUGAGGAAGAUAUUCAACAAGAUAGUGAGGGACAAGAAAUAAUUCCAAGACAUGAGAAUAAAAAGUCUUGGUGGAGAAUUAGUCUGGCUUCUCCUAAAGUUAGGGACCCAGCACCAGCAAGUCUAACAACGGGCCUUUUCUACUGUGUAAUUUACUUGAAGCCUGGAGAUUAUCAUCGAAUACACUCUCCAGUUGAUUGGAAUGUUCUUGUUCGUCGGCAUUUUUCAGGUCGGCUUUUCCCUUUGAAUGAACGUGCUGCAAGAACAAUCAGGAACCUCUAUGUUGAGAACGAAAGAAUUGUGCUUGAAGGCCGAUGGCAAGAAGGUUUUAUGGCAAUAGCAGCAAUAGGUGCAACAACUAUUGGGUCAAUUGAGCUUUUCAUUGAACCUGAACUCUGGACAAAUCAGACAAGAAAGAAUUUACUGCACUCGGAGCCACCUGAAGAACGGGUUUAUGAACCUGAAGCUGUCGGUGUGAUGCUUAAGAAAGGGGAUGAGGUAGCUGCUUUCAACAUGGGAUCAACAGUGAUACUCAUAUUCCAAGCUCCCAUAUCAAAAUCACUAGAAGAUGAUUCUGCUUCAUCGGAGUUCAGGUUCUGUAUCAAACGUGGGGAUAGAAUCCAUGUUGGAGAAGCACUGGGAAGGUGGCAUGAUUCAUAGCAACCAGUCCCCAUGUAUACGAUUUAGCAAAGACUCGUUUUGUAUGGCUAUGAUUUUGCAAAUGCUGACAAUCAUCUUUUGAGCUGAUCAAAUUUUUGCUUCACGUUACUUGUAAGGAUAGAGGCUAUUAUAUAAAAUUCCAGUUUGUUCCCAAGUGAUUUUAA